AUGUACAAGGCCGUCAUCCUGCCGACACUACUGUAUGGAGCGGAGACUUGGACGGUGUACGCAAAGCAGGCACGUCGUCUGAACCACUGCCACCUCAGUUGUCUUCGUCGCAUCCUGAGGCUAAAGUGGCAGGAUCGAAUCCCCGACACUGAUGUGCUGGAACGGACGGGAAUCCUCAGCAUCUACGCCAUACUGAGGCAAAUGCAGGUGCGCUGGAGCGGCCACCUGUUGCGCAUGGACGACGAGCGACUACCCAAACGACUCUUCUACGGAGACGUCGCGACGGGUUCUCGCCGUCAAGGAGGCCAGAUUCGCCGUUACAAAGAUACCCUGAAGUCCUCCCAGAAGCUACUGCAAACCAAGCCGACCAACUGGGAGGAGCUCGCACUCGAUCGUCCAACAUGGAGGAGGACAGUGAAGGCAGGCGCUGCGAUAUACGAAGCCAACCGCACCGCUGCCGCCAAAGUGAAACGUGAAGCCCGCAAAUCACAACUUCGCCCAGUAAGCAACGCCGCCGCACAACCGCUUCCAACGUGUCCUCGAUGUCAACGGACAUUCCGGGCUCGAAUCGGACUUGUUGGACAUCUUCAGAUUGACUGCGCCUCUCGAACGGCACCAACCAUCGUCUCCCCGCCUGCCUCUUCCUCCUCCUCCUCUCCGCCGCCAACUAACUCUGACAAUUCUUCUGACCCACCACUUCCAUCCUCCUCCUCCUCGUCCUCCUCCUCCUUUUCCUCCUCCUCCUCCGCCUCGUCCUCCUCCUCCUCGCCCUGCUCCAACGGCGGCCGCUCAGGCGAUUGUCCUGCGCACAACAACCGACACUACCACCACCUCCCCCGACUCCAGGGAUGA